AUGAAGCUCGCCCUCCUUUCUCUCCCAGCCGUCGCCCUGGCCAGCCCCCUCGCCCUAGAGCGGCGGCAGGCUUCGGCACAAAUCACCUCCAUGACCGCUUCGGGCGACGGCUGCCCGCCCGGCACCUACAGCACGCUGGUAGGCGUCUCCAACACCGUGGCCGAGGCAUCCUUCGACUCCUUCGGUUUGGAAGCGGGCCAGAACGUGCCCGUCAUCAACUCCGACCUCGGUUGCGACGUCUCCGUCACCGUGUCCUUCCCCGGCAGCUGCAAGAAGGCCCUCCUCCAAACCCGGACCCAGGCCUACGUGCUGCUGGCGCUGGACGCGGGCGCUACGGCCAAGGUGUCGACCCCGUUCACCCUGAGCGGCGGGUCCGGCGCCAGCAGCCCGGCUGACCUGUCGUAUGCCAGUCAGGCGGGGGCUAAUUUGGAUGUCGAUAUUGACCGCAAGUGGGACGUCAGCAUCACGGCGAGCGGGUCAACGGCAACCUUUGUUGCUCAUCUCAACGUCUUCCUGAAUGCUCCCAUUGCCGAAUUGGUCUCCAAGAGCCGGAUAGACGGAUACGGAGUGGUGCUUUCGCAGGAGGGUUUGUGCUAA